UGGGAUUGUGCGCCAAUGUACGAUCUGUUCGAUCCAUUAAAUUUACAUGAACAUCUCUCCAUCAUACACCCUCCUCUCCCCUCAGGUACAAGAAUCAUCUACGACCGGAAGUUCCUGCUGGAGUGCCGCAGUUCCCCGCUGGCCAGGACUCCACCGUGCUCUCUCCCCAACAUUCCAGGGGUCACCAGCCCACCCUCCAAACACAUCAACAAUGUAAAGGCCCAUAACAGUGAGCCACUGAACAACAACAUCACUGCACCUGCUGACAAAAGCACUGGGGACGAUGCACAGUUUGAAAUGGACAUCUAACUGUUGGUGGAAUGAGCAUUCAAGAGGGAUGUGAAACAACUUCACUUACUACCAUGAUGCUGAAGAAGAGGCCCAACCAAUCCCCCACCCAGACUUGCUACAAUAUUGUCACCUUCUGUGUUUACAGAUGAGUCCAKUAGUUGCAGUUUGUUAACUUUAAAUAUCAGUUGUAUUGUUACUGUAAAAUAACUCAAAGGUGGUUCAGGCGUGUGAAUGAAGUGUUACCCUCUUGACUCACCUCUGGGGCCUUUCUCUUGUGGAGCAAGCAGCAACACUGAAAAAGACUGCUCCAGAGGAGUGGUGUGGAGGUAAAGAUUCAAUUUCUUUCAUUCUUUAAAAUUAUUUUGCCACUCAAAUCAAUCUUAUCAUGGGUUAUCCACACUUCACUGCCUUCAAAAUACUAUUAAUUUUUGCAUAUAAAAAGAUUGUCAUUGUCAAAAAAAUAUAGAGAAAUUUGAGACAAAAAACAACAUUUUCACAUGGUUUGUAAGCAGAAUCAAUAAAGGAAAUAAAACAUA